AUGGCGAUGAGACAGACCCCGCUGACCUGCUCAGGGCACACCCGGCCUGUGGUGGACCUGGCCUUCAGUGGGAUCACUGCCCACGGAUACUUCCUCAUCAGCGCCUGCAAGGAUGGAAAGCCCAUGUUGCGCCAGGGAGACACAGGGGACUGGAUCGGGACAUUUCUGGGUCACAAAGGCGCAGUCUGGGGGGCCACCCUGAACACAGACGCCACCAAAGCAGCAACCGCCGCCGCAGACUUCACCGCGAAAGUGUGGGACGCAGUGAGCGGGGACGAGGUGCUGACGUUGGCCCACAAACACAUCGUCAAGACGGUCAGCUUCACCCAGGACAGCGCGUGUCUUCUCACGGGAGGAAACGAUAAGCUGCUGCGCAUGUACGACCUGAACAGUCCAGAUUCCGAUCCUCAGGAGAUCACAGGACACACCUCCGCCAUCAAGAAGGCUCUGUGGUGCAACGGGGACCGGCAGAUCCUGUCCGCCUCAGAGGACAAAACAGUCCGGUUGUGGGAUCGCGGCUCCAUGGAGGAGGUGAAGACUCUGAACUUCGACACGUCUGUCAGCAGUAUGGAGUACAUGGCGGAUGGAGAGGUCGUGGUCAUCACCUACGGGAAGACCAUCGCCUUCUACAAUGCUCUCAGCCUGGAGCUCAUCAAAAGUGUGGAGGCUCCAGCCCCCAUCAACUCGGCCUCGCUGCACCCAGAGAAGGACUUCUUUGUGGCCGGAGGAGAGGACUUCAAGCUCUACAAGUUUGACUACAGCACCAAGGAGGAGCUCGAGUCGUACAAAGGUCACUUCGGGCCGGUGCACUGCGUCCGCUUCAGUCCGGACGGGGAGCUGUACGCCAGCGGCUCAGAGGACGGGACGCUGAGGCUGUGGCAGACGGCCGUGGGCAAGACCUACGGGCUGUGGAAGUGUGUGCUGCCGGAGGACCUGGGCGUGGACAACAGCGAGCAGAUCUACCCCGCUCCACCAGAGGACCUCUCCCCGGGACUCAAACCUCUCUCUGGGACCUCUCCCCGGGACUCCCCUGCUGUCAUGCCGGUGCUGAUGGACGACCCCACGCUGCUCACCAGAGCCGACGCACCCGGAGGAAAUCCUCCUCGGGACGUGCUCUUGCAGCUGUACGUGAAGACCGUGAGCCAUGGCCCCGGUGUGGACACUUUCUCCAGCGACGAGGAGCAGGAGCCUCCCGUGGUGUACAGGAGCCACUCCUCUGGACGCUUGGCUCCGAAAAUGGAGGUUUCUCUCCUGACGGAUGAAGCUCUGAGGGACCAGCUGCGAGGACUCGGGGUCCACGCAGGGCCCAUCGUGGCGUCCACACGGAAACUGUACGAGAGGAAACUGCAGCUGCUCAGAGAGAAGACACCAGAGACUGAGAAGAACCAGGAACUGUACGAGGUGACCACAGUCUCUGAUCCAGUCCCUGAUCCAGUCUCUGAUCCAGUCCUUGAGCUUGAGCUGGAACAGAAGGAGACCGUGAGGAGCUACAGGAGCAACUCUUCACAGAAGCGCAGCACAGGAGCAGUAAGUCAGACAGCCGCAGUCAGACAGCCGCAGUCAGACAGCCGCAGUGUGCUGGUCCAGGUGUUGCUGGUUCAGGUAUUGCUGCUUGAGGUGUUGAUGGUCCAGGUGUUGAUGGUCCAGGUGUUGCUGGUUCAGGUGUUGCUGGUUCAGGUGUUGCUGGUUCAGGUGUUGCUGGUUCAGGUGUUGCUGGUUCAGGUGUUGCUGGUUCAGGUGUUGCUGGUUCAGGUGUUGCUGGUUCAGGUGUUGCUGGUCCAGGUCGCUGAGGAUCUUGAGGUCUCGUCGUCAGGAAAGAGGUCCGAAAAACGGUCUUGCAGCGGCGCCCGUGGCCUCCCGUCCUCAGCCUCUCUGGUUUCUGCUGCUGUCACCACUCGUAAUCAGACCAGAUCUACUGAGGCCCAAACAGUUUCUUUAGGCUUUACACUGGCCCCUAACUCUACCCUGGGGUCUACAGAGUCCAAAUCUAUUCAGUCCCUGGGCUCUUCCACCAGUUCUACCCCGACUCCGGGUUCUGCUCGCAAAUCCACCCAGACUCAAGACCAUUCUGGCAGAGUUACUGAGGCCCCUGGCUUUGCGACGAGAUCUACCCAGUCUCAAGUCCGGUCUACAAAAGAUACAGAGGUCCAGGUCUCCUCCAGCAGACUGAACAAGACUGAAGUCCGGUCUACCAAAGACACAGAGGUCCAGGUCUCCUCUGGCAGACUGAACAAGGCUGAAGUCCGGUCUACCAAAGACACAGAGGUCCAGGUCUCCUCCGGCAGACUGAACAUGGCUGAAGUCCGGUCUACGAGAUCGACUCAGGCCCAAGACUUCUCGACCAAAGCUACUCAGUGCCGUGGUUCUUCUGUCGGGUCGGUCCAGUCCAUGGGCUGUUCUACAGGAGCGACUCGGGUUUCAGACUCUUCCAUCAGCCCAACUCCAGAUCCUGUGGUUCCGGUGUUUUGUCCCAUUCUUUCUCGUGCAGCGGAUCCUUUCGGACGGGUCCCUGGCUCUUCCCUGACUCUUGGCUCCUCUUCUCGGCAGCUGCAACAUGUCCCCCAUAAAGAGGCCCAGAGAAGAGCCUACACCAGCGGUACUGAGAGCGCAGAGGGAGAGAGCGCAGAGGGAGAGAGCGCAGAGGGAGAGGGCACAGAGGGAGAGGGCACAGAGGGAGAGGGCACAGAGGGAGAGGGCACAGAGGGAGAGGGCACAGAGGGAGAGGGCACAGAGGGAGAGGGCACAGCGGGAGAGAGUGCACGGAAGGAGAGGGCACAGGGGGAGAGCACAACGGAGCAGGAGAAGCAGGAGGAGGACCCCACACUGUCGGAGCUCAGACUGACGGCCAUCUGUCGUCGGCCAAUCAGAGGAGCCGCCGGUCGCCCCGUCGUUCCCUCUGACCGCAGCCAGUCCACGCUCAGCACGGCGUCCUCGGUCCUGCGCUCGUCCUCCGCUCGCAGCAGCAGCAGCAGCAGCAGCAGCAGCAGCCUGAAGCCCUCUAGCGCCCCCUCUGUCCCCGCAGGGCGCAGGGACACGGCCUGGUGGAAGAAGCUGCUGCUGUGGCUCGUCCUGGCUGCCUUCCUCUUCUUCGUGUACCAGGCCAUGGAGAGCAACAGCCCCGCCCCCAUCGAGUAG